UGGUAGCGAAACGAAACCAACAAAUCAAGUGCCUUUUUCUCCAAUCCACUCUACGCCACCGCCCUCUCUCAGCUCAGAAUAUCUCUUUCUCUCACACACAUAAAAACACACACUUGAUUGAUUCGUUGGUUCAAUUGCUUUGCUUGGCUGUCCGCUCACCUGUCUUCCCACCCCCAAUUUCUUUCUUUUUAAAUCCAUUUUAAACCUAAUUCAGCUUGGGUAUUAGUAGUAAUUUAUUCAGAGUCGCGCACAACGCAGAGAAUUAAAGGUGAGGGGGCAGUCAGGAAAUACUAGUACAAUUACAAUUUAAAAGCGCCCCAUGAAUUUCGGCGCAGGCACCUCCUCCCGGUCACUUUGUACGCUUGGAGAAUAAGAGUGCUGAAGAUAAUCUUUAUUUGAGUAAGAGAACAAGGAUGCGUAGGUGGUUGUGCUGCACCUGUCAAGUAGAGGAGUCCUAUCAACCUGACGAAAAUGAGCACCUCAAGAGCCCGAGGGAUAAUGGUGAUGGGUAUCAAAGAGGCUCAAAGGUAUCUGCUCCGGUGAAACCUGAAGUUCAGAAGGCAGUACCUCCUAUUGAGGUACCUUCUCUCUCCCUCGAGGAACUGAAGGAGAAAACAGACAAUUUUGGAUCAAAGUCACUUAUUGGUGAAGGAUCAUAUGGGAGAGUUUACUUCGCACAAUUGACCGAUGGGAAAGAGGUUGCUGUCAAGAAGCUUGAUGUCUCUUCUGAGCCUGAUUCAAAUGUCGAGUUCUUGACUCAGGUUUCGAUGGUAUCAAGAUUGAAGCAUGAUAAUCUUGUUGAAUUGCUUGGCUACUGUGUCGAUGGGAAUAUCCGUGUCUUAGCUUAUGAAUUUGCCACCAUGGGAUCUCUUCACGACAUUCUCCAUGGAAGGAAAGGAGUGCAAGGGGCACAACCUGGUCCUACACUUGACUGGAUGCAACGGGUUAGAAUUGCUGUUGAUGCAGCCAGGGGUUUGGAGUAUUUGCAUGAGAAGGUUCAGCCAUCAGUUAUUCAUAGAGAUAUCAGAUCCAGCAAUGUACUUCUUUUUGAAGACUACAAGGCAAAGGUUGCUGACUUUAACCUUUCAAAUCAAGCUCCUGACAUGGCUGCCCGGCUUCAUUCAACUCGAGUUCUGGGAACCUUUGGUUAUCAUGCUCCAGAGUAUGCAAUGACCGGACAGCUGACACAGAAAAGCGAUGUUUAUAGCUUUGGGGUUGUUCUGCUUGAGCUUCUGACUGGAAGGAAGCCUGUUGAUCAUACCAUGCCUCGUGGACAGCAGAGUCUUGUUACUUGGGCCACACCAAGAUUGAGUGAGGACAAAGUAAAACAAUGUGUUGACCCAAAGCUCAAGGACUAUCCACCAAAAGGGGUAGCCAAGUUGGCAGCUGUUGCAGCAUUGUGUGUUCAGUACGAAGCAGAGUUCCGCCCGAAUAUGAGCAUUGUUGUGAAGGCUCUGCAGCCUCUUCUGAAGUCAACUGUCCCUGCUCCUGAGACUUGAGAGUUGCAUCAUUGUUUGGUUCGAUUAUGACAUACAUGAGGUGCAGCCUCAGCGUUUUUUCCUCUGGGUUUGAGACGUAUUUGGGUUACUAUCGUGAUUCGAUUUCUUUUGUUGGUAGUGAUUUAUCACUGGGUUAUGGGAUUGCAAGGCAAAAGAAUUACGCUAUAAACUUGGAACACCCAUAUUUCCAUUUUAUCUUUUGAAAUUGUUUGGAUUGAUUGUGAAUGUGGUAGUGCCCGUCUGUCUUGUCUUUGUGCCAAGGUUUGUAAGCAUUGCAGUUUAGCUUUGAUUGGACACGCAGAAGCUUCUAACUUUUGAGUCUAUUUGUGAGUAUUUCUUUUCAUUGACACUAAAAUGAUCUUGCUAAAUUCUUUACUUUUAAGGGGGUUGAUUCGGUUUGCUUCA